CAUAGUUAUCUAUGUGGUAGAUAAAUUUAAUUUCAACGUUAUUGACUGUUUUUAUUUUAGAAAUAUCCAAUUAUAUAUAUUAUUGUCGAUUCUACUAGACCAAACGUUCUAAAAAUCUUAAAUACUCAUUUAUAGUAUGAAUAUUUUAAUUUUUAUGAAAACCGAGGGUUAAAAAAAAACAUUCGCUCAUGAUUUUGACUAUAAGCAGUUUGUUGAUGAUGUUUGCCAAUCUCAUACAACAAACGAAAAAAAUCAUACAAGAAAAGUAUUUAAAACAUGAUGAUGGAAAUAUAACUACAGAAGAAACUGAAGUUACAGAUAAACAACUCGAUGAAAGGGCACUUGAAAUGAAAGACCAGAUUUUUGGUCAGUAUCAUGGUCAUUCGAUUUUGUUUAAUUUUAAUAUAUUGUUUUCAACCAAAUAGAUCUGAUCAGAACAAUUAAGGAUCCAGAAAAACCAGCGACACUGGAAGAUCUUAAUGUUGUAUAUGAAAAUGGUGUAGAGGUUAGUAUAUUAAAAUAAUUGUUUCAUUUGGUUUACUUCCGUGACAAUAAUUUCUUAUAUUUGAUUUAACUUAGGUAGGUAGUUAAAUAAUUUUCCAUUAUAUUUAGAUAACUAUAUUACUAUACCUACUAGAGCCCUGCAUGGGCCGGGCCGGCCCGAUCCAGCCCAUUUUGGCCCGGUCCUGAACCGGGCUUGGGUAUGCACUUGUGAGUUGUCUGGGCUGGGAUGGGCUUACAAGAUCAUAUUUCAACUAUGGACGCGGGCCGAAUAAGAAGUGCACUUAUCAAAUUUUGAGUGAUCGAAGAAAAAUCAUGAGUUUCUGCUCAGCAAUAUUAUUUUUAAGAGAUUAUCAGAAAUAAAUGUAAAUAAAUAUUUGUAAUCCAUUGUAAUAUUUUUCAUUAAGAUGAACCGGGCCGGGUAUAUUUUUCAUUAAGAUUAACUGGGCCGGGCCGGGUUAAAUCUAUGUAAACAAAAUAUUGGACGGGCUUGGGAUUUAAAAAUCAGGCUCGUGCAGAUACCUACUGACAUAAUAUUUAACACACAUUAUACGUUAGUAGGGAUAAAAUUCUCCAACAAUUUUCAUUUUCAUAAAUAACAACGCUUACUAUUUAACACAAAUUUAGGUUAUUUUUAUUGAGAUAUUAAAGAAAACACUGCAAUUGUGUGGAUCAUCAAAAUAACACUAAAAUUUAUUUGUUUGUUGGAUUUUUGAUAUAACAUCUAAUUCACCAUAAUGCAUAAACUGUGAUUCAGGUGUUGUCUAAAAUAUGUAGGAUACUGAGUAUUGGUUCUUAGGUCUCUUCUAAUGUGGAGGACUAUCAUAUUAACAUAAGUCAUCAUUGGCAUAAAUGUACUACUGUUUUUAAAAAUUAAUUUAAAUAAAUUAUUAGAUAUUAAGGACAUUUUUAUCGUAAUAAUAAUCAAGGUAGAUUUAUAAAUCCACCUUGAUAAUAUUAUUGUUAGAAUUCAGUUCUAUUUUUAACAAAUCAAAAUAUUUCCUCUAAUUCAACAUUGAAUUGAAAAUCCCUUUAAAAGGUUUGUAAUAUUUUAUAUGCUUAUUUAACCAUUAAGAACUAAAAUUAAAUUGCAGGUAAUUAGGCAAAGAAACUUGAAAUUAUACACAGUAAGAAUUGAAUUUAAUCCUACAGUUCCACACUGUAGUUUAGCCACUUUAAUUGGCCUUAGCAUCAGGAUAAAAGUUAUAAGAUCUAUUUUAGAAAGUGUUAAAUUGGAUAUAUACAUUAAAGAAGGUGCACACACAACUGAAGAAGAAAGUAAUUUUUUUUUUUUGUGAAAAUUUAGAUUAUUAUAUGACUAAUAUUUCUACAUUUAUGAAUAAUUGGUAUUUUAUAUUUAUAGUUAACAAACAAAUAAAUGACAAAGAACGUGUUGCAGCUGCAAUGGAAAAUCCAAGUUUGAGAGACAUAGUAGAAAAAUGUAUUAAAGAAGAAGAAUGAAAUUAAAGACUGGUUCAUAUUUUAAAAGAAAAAUAUAAUCUAAUGACAUUUUUGAAAGAUCUAUAAAAGUACUUUAUUUUAAAUGAUAAGUAUAACAUUUUUAUUAUAAAAUAUAAUAUUUUGAAAGCGUAAUCAUAUUUUAUACAGACUUAUUAUUACUUAAAAUGCAAAUUUAAUAUAUACGAGUAUAUAUUAUGUGUGUACAAUUUAUUACUAAAUUUUAAAAUAUGAAUUUGGUAUUUUUAUUUAAAAAAAAUUUAGACAGGAUAUAAUUAUUUAAUGUAUACUAUUUGUUUUUUAUCUAUUAAAAUAAAAUAAAAAUAAUACAUUCCAUACCAAUUUUAUUAAUUGUUUUAAAAUGAACAUACACUUAAAAAAUGAUUUAUACUCUUUUUUGUUAUAAUAGAACUAGAAUGAUUUUUUGCAGUAAAACUAUUAAAAUGUUGUCUAAUAACUUAUUUACAGAUGGGUAAUUACAUUGAUUUUAUAACAAAUAGCCCAUAGAGCAUAAGGAUUUUUGGAGACAAAUUAUUAUUAUGAGCAUUCUAUCAGAUAAUGCAGGUAUAUAAAAUCAAUGGUAAUAGUCAAUAAAAUAUUGUCAAUAUGUCUUGAAUAUGUUAAAACAAGCAGAUUGAAAAAUUUACAUAAUGUUUUACUAAUAAUAUAAAUUUUUUAAUUUAAAAUUUCCACACUUAAAAAUAUUCAUAUAAACCUUACUAUUAUAUAUAUAGAUCAUUUUAUUUUUUUAUCAACAUUUUACUGUACCAAAUCAGUAUUAAUUAUUUACACCAAGGACUUGAUUCAUUGCUUCCAUUUCUUUUUUAGUGAGUGGAUUUAGAAAUAAUCCUUUCACAGGUUCUUGAUAUUCUAAAUCUCUUAAUUUAUUCACAUUUACUCUUAUAUCACUACGCAGUAUAUUAAUACGGCUAUUUAAAGAUAUUUGUUCUGGAAAUAAUUUAUAUAUAUUUCAUUUGAUUAAAAUAAUGAAUUAAUGAAAAUAUACCUUCUUCCAACAAUUUUUUAGCAUUUUCAUGGGAAACUUUCACCAUAAUUGGCCCAAGAGCCAUCCAUGUUUUGGCUUGUGGUAUUUUAUAAUUUGUUAAUGAUCUGAUUGCCAUCCGAUUAUUAUUUCUUAUUUUAUCCAAAGCAAUUAUUUCACUUUUAUCAACAAGAAUUUUUUCCGCUUGUCUUUCUACGCGAAAUAAGUAUUCCAUUGUUGUUUUUUCAACAUCCAUAGUGAAUCAAUAACUAAAAAAAUGAAAAAGUAUAACUUUCAAAAUGAUUAA